ACUUUAGCCGGUUCUUUCGGGCUGUACUUUAACUGCGCAGGCCCGCUUCAAUUUCAGCAGAUACUCUUAAAGAAUCUUGCUGAAGAUAUCAACCAAGUCAAUUAUCCUGAACCGUUCACCAAUGUUUAUUUGGAUUAUGAAAAGAACAUAAUGAAGAAAGCCAACGACUACCAGGCAAACCAACACCGGAAUAUGUCCUCUUCAGUGAACGUCAUGUUUCGAGCUGUCCAAGUCAUAAUAUUGCCUUGCACAUGUUCGGUGGACAAGGUGAUAUUCGAGAACAAGACAACCACCGAAAGUUGCAUAAGAUGUUCCAAAAAGCAACUUCCAGCAAGAGCUUAUCUUUGGAAUAUGCCUUCCAUUCUAAUCAUCCACUUGGGACGAUCGAAGGAUGAGGAAAAGAACGAGCGAUUUGUUGAUUUCCCACUGGAGAAUCUUGACAUUUCCUCGUAUCUACACCCGGACUCGCCGGUUAAUGGAUUGAAGAGAGAAAUGUGCUCUAUUCACUAUAUGGAAUUCUGGUGA